ACGUCGUCCCGACCUCGACCUCCCAGCAGCAGUCCCAACCAACCAAAAUUCCAUUCGCCCAACCUCGGAGGCCGGCGAGAAACGCAGGCAGAACCCGGCGGCAGGCAAGCAAAGCACGCGCGUCCACCACAGCCACAGAGAGCAAAGACACAAGGCAGCUCGGUGUAUGGCACCCAAGAGGAGCAUCAGCGAGGAGGUCACGGCGGCGGCGGAGCUGCCGGUGCCGGAGCCGGAGCAGGGGAAGCCGAGGCUGCGCGGGGUGCGGAAGCGGCCGUGGGGCCGGUACGCGGCGGAGAUCAGGGACCCGGCGCGGAAGGCGCGGGUGUGGCUGGGCACCUUCGACACGCCCGAGCAGGCCGCGCGCGCCUACGACGCCGCCGCGCGCAGGCUCCGCGGCCCGCGCGCCACCACCAACUACACCUACCCCGACGCCGUCGUCCCAGCACCGCCGCCGUGCGCCGCCGCGCAGGUUCCGAGCGCCAGCGCCAGCGCCAGCGCCCGGGAAGAGUCUUGUUCGUCCUCGUUCUCCACCAGGGACGACGACUACCACCCGCUGGCAGUGACCGUAGCGGUCGCUGCGCCGCCGGCUCCGUCGCAGUCGCAGUCGCCGUCGUCGCUCGACCUAGGCCUUGGGCUCUUCCCGGCGAUGGUGGCCGCCCAGCCGUACCUGUUCCUGAACCCGAUGCAGUUGGCGCCGGUGAAGAGGGAGGCGGAGCGGAGCUGCUACUCGGGGUCGUCGUCGCCGUCGCCGUCGGUGCUGGGACUGGGACUCGACCUCAACCUGCCUCCGCCGGCCGAGAUGGUCAUGUAGCGUCGGGGAUAGUAAUUUGUCGCAAAAGGGGUUACCAAAUGUGCUGUAAAUAGGAAGCACAUUUGGUUUGUUUCCGUGUAGCUGCGCCUCCAUUUUUUUCCCCCCUGUGCACUAGUCGAUUUGCAACUUCGCAGUGCAAGAAUUUUAACCAAUGAGCAAAAUACUUAAUCUCGUACCAAAA